AAUUGGCAGGACAGGGCAGGGCAGGCAACAGGCUGGGCAGCGUGGCCUGGGGAGAGGGGCCUCUGCCUGCGCCCCUCUGCUGGCCACCACCUGCCCUGAAGCCAGAACUGAACUGGCUGAGCUCAGGGCUGGGCGCCUUCCCUGGCUACACGAGAAAGCACCUCCUCCCCACCCACCCGGUGCAAGGGGCUUCCCUGCCACCUUCUGUCAGGGGCAGGGACUACCACAAGAAGGUCUCCAAGGCUCUGCAGAAUGGGCACAGUGGCGGGCAGACUUUGUCCAGGGGCCCCUGGGUGGCCCCAGCCCGCGCAGCAGCAUCCUGCCCUGCACGGGGGUGGAGUGUCCAGUAGCUCACAGGGACGCCUCCUCAUGGGUGUCCAGGACGGAGAGCCGGCGCCCAGCCCAGCAACACCCCUGGCCUGAUGCGGAGCCCGUCCCUGGGAGAGACCCCACUCCAACCACACCGGGCUGAGUCAGACUCGGAGCUCCUAGCCACAAGGUGACCCAGGCCUGAGCGAGGCCCAGGGGCCUCGGGGCCAGGGGGUAUCCCCUCGGGGGCCUCAGCUCCUGGGUAAACAUUAAUGGGGCUCGAUACACAGCAGGUCACGUGCACGCUCAGGGGAUCUUUGACCUGCAGCUGCUCCUCCCUGCAGGUGUCCCCUCACCACCCACACAGGUAGGAGCUCCCAGAACCAGGCUGGGCCCAGGGACCCUUAGGUGACAUUGAGGCCAGGGCCAGGUGACCUCCAGGCCCAGGGCUCAGGCCCCAUCCUGAGCCUCCAGGGCCCAAGGGCAAGAGAGACCAGUCUGGCAGCAGGCAGAAGGGAGGGGAGGCACUGCGGACCCCUGACUUACGCCCAGGGUGCUGGGAGGGCGUCUAGGCAGAGGGCUCAGACGGGGUGGGGGUCCUGACCCAGUGGGCUGCAGAGGCAGAUGCUGCCGGGAGAGGAGCCUGGAGGUGGGGGCCCAACCCCCCACCCUGCUCCUCAUCAGUGGGGGUUGGGGCCCUUAUCAGGCCAAGAUGUCACCCUUUGGUAUCAAAUGCCAAAGUCUAAGCUGGGACUACCAGCAGCGUCCCCGGUGAUACCGGAUAGGAGAGGUCCCUGGGUUCCCCAGCUCACUGCCAUUUCCAGCCGCCCCCCAGCACCCUGUGCCCUCGGCCACCCGCCAGGCCUUCGUCCAGCCGGGACCAGCAAGGGAGCUGGGGAGUCAGGGUCCCCUCAAAUCUGUCCUCUGAAACAGGAUGGGACUUGCCUGACAAGCCUGAGGUCAUUGUAGCCAUCCUCCUGUGGAUGGGGGAAGCCGGGAGGUCACCAAGGCCCUCAGGGGGUGUGGCAAAGGUCUCAGAGGGCCCCUGGACCUGGAACCUGAAUUCAGUCUGCCUGCCAGAGUUGGGGCAGGAGAGGUCUCUGACUUUGCGUGUCCCCAGCAGAUAGGGCUCGGGCCUGGGUCUGUCUCUGCCUGAAAUCCAUGCCGAAUUUCCCCACUGGUGGCCAGGUGCCCCACCCCACUCUGGACACAGUUGACCUGGUGGACCAGAGUCUGAGAAAUGCAGGGAACACCUAUCCUGCCCCAGUCUUGGAGGAAGGGGACACUGACCCCUGGGCCCUCCCUCAGCUGAAGGACACUGGCCAGUCCUGGAAAGAGCUCAGUGUGGUCAGCAGGCUGCGCCAGGUGGUCACCAGCCUCCUCCAGGCCUGUGGGCUCCUUGGCAGCCUGUACUUCUUCAUCUGCUCCCUGGACACCCUCAGCUCUGCCUUCCAGCUGCUGGGCAGCAAAGUGGCCGGAGACAUCUUCAAGGACAACGUGGUGCUGUCCAACCCCGUGGCUGGACUGGUCAUCGGCGUGCUGGUCACAGUCCUGGUCCAGAGCUCCAGCACGUCCUCCUCCAUCGUGGUCAGCAUGGUGGCCUCCAAGUUGCUGACCGUCCAGGCGUCUGUGCCUGUCAUCAUGGGUGUCAACGUGGGCACAUCCAUCACCAGCACCCUGGUCUCAAUGGCCCAGUCGGGGGAACGAAAUGAGUUUCGGAGGGCCUUCAGCGGCUCGGCCGUGCACGGCAUCUUCAACUGGCUCACGGUGCUGAUCUUGCUGCCGCUGGAGAGCGUGGCAGCCGUGCUGGAGCGGCUCAGCGAGCUGGCCCUGGGCCCUGCCCGCCUGCAGCCCCAGGUGCAGGCACCCGACAUCCUCAAGGUGCUGACCCAGCCACUCACACACCUCAUCGUGCAGCUGGACACCAGUGUGAUCGUGGGCAGUGCCACGGGCCAGGCCACCAACGGCAGCCUCAUUAAGCGAUGGUGCAGCGCCGGAGAGCAGGCGAUCCAGGGGAACAGCAGCGGAUGUGGCGCCUUCAGCCCCUGCGCUGAUAGGAACAGUUCGGCCGCCGAGGACAGGCUGCGCUGCCGCCACCUGUUUGCGGGCACGGCGCUCACGGACGCGGCCGUGGGUUGCAUCCUGCUGGCCGGCUCCCUGCUGGUGCUCUGCACCUGCCUGGUCCUCAUCGUCAAGCUGCUCAACUCCGUGCUGCGGGGCCGCGUCGCCCAGGCGGUGCGGACGGUCGUCAACGCCGACUUCCCCUUCCCCUUCGGCUGGCUCAGUGGUUACCUGGCCAUCCUUGUGGGCGCCGGCCUGACCUUCGUGCUCCAGAGCAGCAGCGUCUUCACAGCAGCCAUCGUGCCCCUCAUGGGGGUCGGAGUGAUCAGCCUGGAGCGGGCGUACCCCCUCUUCCUGGGCUCCAACAUUGGCACCACCACCACGGCCCUGCUGGCUGCCCUGGCCAGCCCAGCAGACAUGAUGCUCAGCGCUGUCCAGGUUGCCCUCAUCCACUUCUUCUUCAACCUAGCUGGUAUACUGCUGUGGUACCUGGUGCCCGCCAUGCGGCUGCCCAUCCCACUGGCCAAGCGCUUUGGGGACCUGACUGCCCGCUACCGCUGGGUAGCCAUCGCCUACCUGCUGCUCAGCUUCCUGCUGCUGCCCCUAGCGGCCUUUGGGCUCUCCCUGGCUGGGGGUGUGGUGCUGGCCUCAGUUGGGGGUUCCCUGGUGGGGCUAGUGCUCCUCGUCGUCCUUAUCAAUGUCCUGCAGCGGCACCGGCCGGCCUGGCUGCCCCGCCGCCUGCGGUCCUGGGCCUGGCUGCCCCUCUGGCUCCACUCUCUGGAGCCCUGGGACCGCCUGGUGAUGCGCUGCUGCCCCUGCAGGGUCUGCAGCCCCGCAGAGGCCACUGACAAAGAUGCCCACUGCUAUGAGAACCCCGAGGUCCUGGCUUCUCAUCAGCUGUGAGUGGUGGGCUCCACAGCGGACCACCCUAGCCCUCACCGGCCAGCCUACCCAGUUUCUUUCCCCUGGGGGGCGGUUCCUAGCAGCAGCGGACGUUUGCAUCACCUGCUUUCCCUUCUGUGCAAAUAAAUCCGGCUGUUACCCCGUGUGGCGGCGUCCACUGCCCGACAGGGGAUGCGGGAAGGGCCGAGCGCUGCGCCCUGGGGACGCUUGGGGCGGCUGGCGCAGGGUGGCGGAAGUGGCCUCGAGCGCCGGCGGGGCGGCGGCGCGUUUCCGGCCCCUCGGCUCGGAGGGCUGGAAGGAACCGCGGGUCGCGGGGUCCAGUCCCCAG